AUGGCAAACCGAGGUUAGGAUACGUUUUAGUCCAUCCUCCUUGAAAACGAGCGCGGAGCUUGCUUCUUUUUAUUUUCUCUUUGUUUCAUCUUCCUUGUUUCUUUUUCUUUAGUUUUGUUUCUAUCCUUCCGUAAUUACAUUUAGUAAUUAUAUUUCAAAGGAUGAUGCUUGGACGGAACACAAAAGUAUCGUAUUCGAAGAGUUACGCGAAUUGUUGUGCGGUAAGCGAAUCUCACGAAGGGGUAAGCUACCCCUUGGUUUCGUAUCGCUGCGUUCGUGCGUGCGUGCGUGCGUGCGUGCGUGAAACGAGAGAAACCUGUGAGUUUCGCUCCUUUGUUACACGUAAUGAUUUCUAAUCCGUUUGGCAUCAAAGUAGAAUGAGGUAUUCAUUCAUCGAGAUAUUUGCAAAUAAUAUGAAUAUAUAUAUAUAUGUAUAUGGGUGUGUUAGGUAACAUAGUACUAUCGAUUGUCCGGCACGUUACGAGAUAAAAAUCGUGUUUACUUUUCUCACUCUUUCUCUCUCCGUCCGUCUGUAAGUAGCGUUUUAGCAGUAAAAUAUUCUGUCGAAAUGUUGGAUAGCGUCAGCAACACCGCUCUCAAGAAUCACUAAAGACGGUUGCCACUUGGACGAUGCUCCAAAGACACUUUGGAUGUUCAUGAAAUCCAGGAUGGUUUACACGACGAGCGAGGAUAAUAGCCGCUGUUUCAAGUUCGUAGCAGAUGUUUCUCGUAGGACGUACCACAUAGGAUACAGAAGUUGACCGUUUACCCUUCUAUCCCCCCCGUUUACUCUCGAGCACGAGUUACGCUAGUCGGUCUGUUACUCGGAGCAUAAAUUUCGGAGUCUCGAGGCUGCAUUAUGCAUGCUGUCGCACGAUGCACGAAAUAUUACCAUAAGUGGUGCAGCUCUACCUUUACAAAGACGAAUAGCUCUCUAUGUCAUAGGAGGAAGAAGGAGAAGAGUCCGGUCGUGGAUGAUGGUGACAAAGAUCGUUGAUUGCUCUCGAGAAGCGUACCGCGUCCAACGUGGAUUAACGUUUGGAUGCCGUGUCUCCGAGUUCUCUACGUUCCCCGCAUUAUUCAGAAAACUUCAUGCAUAUUCAGGAUGGACGUUGGUUCCCGACGCUCUCUCAAUGAUGUUCAUAACUUUCGGGAGACAUCCGCGCGUCUCGUCGUUACUGGCAUUACCGUUUCUCUCGAGGAAGACAAGACCUCGAGGUAACGGGCUAAACCACAUUUCCAUAUCUUCUAUUCGCGAGGACGAGCUAACUUAACUUCGAAUCACACGUACCGAGUCUAAUUGCAUGUGACGGACGAGACACGGUCGAUCGUUUAGCGAUCUGGAUGGUCGGGUGGUCGAUCCUUGUGACACACUCGCUCGAGUUAUUCUUCUCUCGUAGAGCGUCGAUAAAAAUCGAGAUAAGUGAUCCAAUAAAGAGUUUCUUAUUCUCUGUCGUAGAUGUCGUCGCAUCCUUCUUCCUACUCUUCUUCCCCUUUCGCUCUUUGGAAUUUCUCGGAUCGUUGACGGUGGGCGAGCGAUAGAACGCCGAUAGACUCCGCGAUACGCGAGGAAGAGUGAAUCCAAGAGAAAAGAGCCCCAUUGAUGUUAAACCGCGAUACUUGUGCGUGCCGGUGGAAUUCAAGUCGCUGUCUCGUCUCGUUUUUCCCAUCCAUCCGGUUGUCCGGUAGCCGUACCUAUCGCUACCACCCAUAGGUUAUAGCCAGCGAGAACGUUGAAAAGGACGGUGGAAUUCCUGGAAGGAAUGAAAGGACGAGAAGGUUGGAUUUCGAAGAAACGCGCGUAGGACGGAGGAAGAAGUCCGAAGAAAGAGAAAAAGAAGAGGAGGGUUACCUCGGUCCCGAUGCAGCUGAUGCAAUUUGCUUUUAUUUUCGGCUAAAAUCGAGCUCUUUGUUUGGGAAGAAGAGAAAGAGAAAGCGAAAUCCACUGUUCGCCGUCUCUCUUCUCUCAGCCAGCUCGCCAGCUGUCAAACUUUUCUCAAAUUGACCGAUGGCGUUGUCCAUACAAUGCCGGCGAGGAUGGUACGGUGUAGCAGUAUGGUAUGAUACAAGCGAGCCUGAAGAUUCUCCCCUGAAAAUGAAGAAGCCUCAUAUCCUGACGUACCUGCUCCUCCUGCCUCUAGUGUUGGGAUUUAACUUGCAAGAGGACGACUUGGUCUUUGAUGACAUCGGUGAGGAAAGCAGCAGCACACCAUCGAUCGAGAGACAUAUCAUCGAUCGUAGUAGAACCGUGGGACACGAUCGAAGAUUGGUGAAAGAUACAAAGAGACAUCAUCGAGUCGAGAGAUUAUGGGAUAUACCGGAUGUCAUCGUUCCAGUGGGUCAUGUUUUCAAGUUAAGGAUCACGAGACAAGCUUUCGGUGGCAGCGUGGAUCGUUACGAGAUACACGAGGCAAAUGGACAAAACCUGUCCCGUUGGUUGUACUGGGACGAUGCUGCUUCGACUCUUCUUGGUGUCCCAUCGAAGAAGGAUGUUGGUAAUCAUCAUUUAAUCGUCAAGGCUAUUGGAAAACACGGUGACAACGCCAAAGAUGCUUUCUUCGUGCAUGUAGUUCCGGAGAAACGAGAGGAAGUCAAGCAUAAAGACGGCAAGAGUCACUGUAAAGAAGGAGAAGACCAGACGCUGUUAACGAUUUUUCUGGAUGUCAAAUUCGAGAAUCUCACACCGUCCGUUAAAGUAAAUGCGAUCGAGAAUCUCGCUGGAUUUUUGGGACUCCACACCAGCGCAUUCUCUAUGCACCCGCAAAGUGGAAAGGAAAACUCGAAUCCUGAUUCUCUGGUUAUUUUUACCGGGCCUGGGAAUGUUAAAUACCGCACCGAGAGACAUCUAACGACUAUCCAAUGGCAGGUUGGCUGCGACGGUCACUUAUGGAGGCAUCAGACGGAUUUAGUCAAGCAGCUGCGAGAUCAGGCGAAAGAUGGGACACUAGCGGAGGUUCUUCAACUUCCUGUACUAUUGUGGCGUGUAAAGACUGACUCGACCUCUCUAUCUAGAAACCGUAGAGAAGUUGGAUCUGGUGAUUUCGAUGCCGACGAAUACGAGGGUUACGAUUACGACGACGAUGAAUAUGGCGAGGACGAAGACGGUGGCGACGAUAACGAAGCGAUCACGGAACCACCGUUGCAACCAUCUUACGUGCCCAACGUCAACUCGAGAGGAAACACCGAAUGGUUGGAACAUCCGCAUAGACAUCAUCAUGGAGAAGAAACAUUAGAUUUGGGCCAGAACGAAGAGGUUGACGAACGAGAAAUCGUUCCAUCUACAAAUCCACGUACUGCUGAAUCAAACGCUGCCAACGCUUCGUUCAGUGGUCUAUUGACCACAACAACCACCCAAUUUACACCGUCAUCAUCAACUACAACCACUACAACCAUGCCAACUACGACAACUUCAACCACAACGACUCAAGCUACGACAAUGCCCACGAGUACUACUACUCCUACUACUACUACUACUACUACUACUACUACUACUACUACUCCUACUACUACUACUACUACUACUACUACUACUACUAGUACUACUACUACUACAAGUAGCAUGACUACGACAAGCACAAUAGCAGAUACAACACCAGCUACCACUUCGACCACCGUUGUUCCGUCAACAGAAUCUACCAAGGUGGAUAUCGAGGAAGAGAGCGAAGAUAAUACUCAACGCGUGGACGUGGAAUCUGUUACUCUGUUACCCACAAUUUCUCCCGAAAUCACUACCACUCUACCAUCGAUUACUACGCUUCAAUUUAGCACAACAGCUGCUUCGACCAGCGCUACUGGAAAAGCAGAAACAGAAGCUACCACUGUUUUUGCUAACGUUACGUUCGAAGAGGCAACAUAUGGAACGACGGUACCUGCAACGCGUCAACCUACAAUGACCCCAAUUGCGUCAUCUACUACUGUUGGCACUACAAGCGCCCACACGACUAUUCCGCCCACACAAGCUGCUACGGUAUCUACAUCUAACACGACAUCGGAGGUACAUACGACCACGAGUACGUCUACCGUUGGUGUUACUACUAGUACUACUACCGCUGGUACUACCACGGCUCAGCCGACUACGACCGUUACGAUUCCACCGUCGCAGGCUACGACGGAAAAUAUUGAACUUCCGGCUAGCAAUUUGCCACCCAAAAAGGAUAGAAGGUUGAAGAAGCUUCGAGUGAUCGCUGGCAAACCGUUAAGUUACGUUAUACCUCCUGACACCUUCAGCGAUCCCGAAGACGGGGAUACGAGAAAUCUAAAAUUAGGUCUGUACUUGCAAGGCGUACCGAUCAAAAGUACUAAUUGGCUUCAAUUCAAUCCUCGUACGCAAGAAGUCUAUGGAUUACCCCUUGAAAAUGAUAUUUCUACUUGGAAUUACGAGUUGGUAGCCACGGACAGUGGUGGAUUAAACGUCUCUGACAUAUUGGAUGUUCACGUUCAACAGCAUAGAUUGAGUCGCAUCGUCAACCAUGAGUUCAGUAUUUAUCUAAAAAUAGAUAAACGUAAUCUUUUCCCAACCGACGUUGAUUGGGAAUUACAGGUUAUUGGGAGUUUGGCCGAAUUAUACGGUGAUGCGGAUCCAUAUUAUAUCACGGUACGAGCUAUCGACAUCGAUCACGAUCAAGCUAUCCUUACUUGGAUGAACGAUACCUUCCCUCGUAGUAGCGAAUGUCCCAAGGAUCAUAUAAAUGAACUGUUACGCAUUUUGAUCGAUAAGGACGGCGAUCCUAGUCCUUUGUUGAGAGCAGCUUUGGCACCCGAAUUAAGGGUGAAGCGUGUCGUUUUCCAAGGAAUCGGACAAUGCGAGGAUAUGAAUCAAUCGGGAAUACCUAAAGUUCAUACCGAAGAACCCAAAGUAAAUUUCCCUCCUGUUCCAAGAAAUCAAGUGGAUCACGUAAAUGCCACUGUUGGAGAGUUGCUCGUAUUCAAAGUCCCAGAGGACACGUUCUUUGAUUCGGAGGAUGGAUCCUCUCGCAACAUGAAAAUGUCUCUUUUGACGAUUGAACGUACUCCCAUCCCGCCCCACGAAUGGUUACAGUUUGAUAAUAAAAAUCAAGAAUUUUAUGGCGUGCCUUUGCAAAAUGACGUAGGUCGAAAAGAAUAUCAAUUGGUCGUGACGGAUAGAGAAGGCGCAAGUGCUACGGACGGUUUAGUAGUCGUUGUACAUCCGGCCCCGCCUAUGACGCAUACGGUUGAAUUUUCGAUGACUUUGGAUAUACCGUACGAAUCGUUCGCACAUUCAGCCAUGCAAAAACGCAAUUUUGUUGAAAAAUUGCGUGACUUGUAUCACGAUCGUGACACGAGCGCUAUUUCUUUACACGGCAUUUCGAACGGUAGUACUGUCAUCACGUGGCAUAACAAAACAUUACCAACAGCUUAUUGUGCUCACAAAGAAGUAAAUAGAUUACGAGCGGUACUGGUUAAGAGUGACAACGAUAGACGAUCGGUUACCGACGAGGUUUUAGACGUGAUGGGUCUAAAGUUCCCAGUGAAACAAAUCACAGUAAUCCCAAUGGGAAUAUGUCGCGGUGAAUUGACGGGCGUUCCUCCAGAUAGUCACGUACCACCCAUCGACGAUUCCACCUCGAUCGGAGCGUUUCACGAUGAUUAUCUAAUAACGUUCGUUCUGCCAGCUAUUAUAAUAGCAGCCAUGCUCAUUUUCGCCGGCGUCAUCGCCUGCGUACUCUACAAACGUAGGCGCAGCGGGAAAAUGAGCGUUAGCGAGCAGGACGAUGAGCGACAGAGUUUCCGCAGCAAGGGAAUACCCGUGAUAUUUCAAGACGAGCUCGACGAGAAACCAGACCCAGGCAAUAAGUCGCCGGUUAUCCUGAAGGAAGAGAAACCACCGCUUCCACCUCCUGAAUAUCAAAAGAGCGAGGACGGCGCGGACGUGCCAAUGUUACCGAAAGAAAAUUCCGAGGAACCUUACCAGCCGCCGCCGCCGUUUGCGACGAAUCGUGAUACAAAUCGGCAAAAUCGUCCAAAGCCCACGCCGACGUACAGAAAACCGCCCCCAUACGUGCCUCCCUAACAAAAUGCAGUGCACUCGCCUACGCGCAAAUAUAUGCUAGCUAUGCUCGGAGAUGCAUCACCGAUACACGUGCAAAAGCAAAAGGAUUCUUACAAGAAAUCUCAGUUCGGCGGGAACGUUGAAAAUUACGGGGCUCUAAACGUUUACAGCGAUCACUGAACUUUUAGUUUUCUUGCACGGAGUAUCACAUAACGAACCGAAAGAUUUCUUUGCGAGGAGUCUGUAAUUGCACGUUUUUACUUAUUACGUUUAUACAACGGACAAAUAUGGAUUGUUACUAAGAGAAUAAGUUGGCCGUACGUUUGCGGGAAUGUUAAGAGAAAAACCUCUCAUAACUUUUUAUUAACAUAUUUCAUUUCAUUGAUUCUUCUAUUGUAUUUCAUUUAUCGAUAACUAUUUUUUAAGGAGUAUGGAAUACAAAUCACGCGUUGCCUUUCGUAACGAAUUCAAACUGUAGAGAAGGAUUCUUAUUGCUCCGAUUGAACGAGUAAAUUUAGUUUAGAUCAUUGUAGAACCAACAACGGUGAUAGGAUCUAUGACAAGGUAUUCUAUUUGAAGUAAUGCUCUGGACAGUCAACGACUUUCGUGUUUCAGUAAUCAGUGCCAUUUUUUAAGCAAUAAGCGUGCGAAUGCAUCGCGUAUUUACGCGUGUUGGUUCUACGACCUAUCGAUACCUUGAGAAUUAAGCUUCUUCAAGAAGUAUCAAGAACUUGAACGAAACUCUUUUAAUCGUACAUACAACGUAUAACACUGCCAAAAAAGUACUGUAACGACGUACAACCGGUGAUUCAGGGGCGUCAGUUUAUUAAUUGACCGACAAAUUUUUCGUACAUCUCGAACGUUGAAUUUCGUUUGGAUUAUUUACUGUGCGACUUGAACAAAUUAUUGCGAACCUACACUGCGAGUAAGACGGAAGACUACUUAACAUUUAUAUCUUUAAGAUGAAAUCAAACUGGCGCUUAUCGCGGGAUCAUCAUCGUUUUCAUAAGUAAUUGUCUCCCAUAAAGAGAAACCGACAACUUCUUGACGCGGGAUUUUUAAAUAUUGGUUCGUGCAAUGCCAUUGCAAAGUGACAGCAAAAUGCUUCCAUUGGCACCGUAGGCCAUGCAGACUAAAGAAAGAAAUGAUGAUAAUAUAUACGAUACAUAUACAUAUAUAUAUAUAUAUACAUAUAAAAAUAUAAAUAUGUAUAUUAUACCUAUUUGCUGUUCGAUAGACAUUAGUCUGUGGGGUAUUUAGAGCGAUGAUAUUUAAAUACUGCCAGACAAGCGUCAUAGCAUUUACGUUCUUCUUUAUGUGUAAAAUUGCAAUUACGCAUCGCGGUCCUACUUUUUCUUCUUUUCACGCACAACUCGUGGCAACGACGUUUUGCACGUACAAAUCGUACGAUCAUCGCCGGACGCAAGAUUAACUUUGUCCUUUGAUUUCGCCAAAUUCUAUUAUAAUUACUUUGAUAAGGAAUUUAGAUCAACGUUAAUGACCACGUUUAACCUUGAUCCAAAUACCAACACAUUCGUACACAAAUAAUAAUAAACCUAUUUAAUUUAGAUUUUUACAUAGUUACCAAGCCAAAAAUAAUUAAUAUUUAACAAAUGGGAAUGAGAUUAAAAUAGUUGACAUACACACACAAAAAAAAGGAAAAAGAACAAGAAAAACAAAAAAUAAAAAACAAAAAAAAAGAAGAAAAGAGAAAAAACGAGACGAAAUCACAAUCGUAACGGAACGCGUUCGGCACGACUUGCGCAAGGACACGUUCGUUUUAUAAUCAUUUUUGUAAUUUUUUAGCGUGUCGCUAAACGCCAACGCUAAUAAUUUGCGUGUUCCUGCUAUGAGAAAAGGAGUGCGGGGACACGAUACACGGGUAAAAUGUCUAACACAUACAGCCGUUUCUUCGAUACCUCGAUACUUUUUCCUGAUAUUUUUGAAAAGGAAAUGUAAGAAACGAUUAAAAAAAAAAAAAAAAGAAAAAAGAAAAAAGAAAAAAGAAAGAAAGAAAGAAAAGUAUCGGUGCAACCUCAAGUUUGGAGGCUUCGUUUUUUAUUCGUCCAAGUUACUGUCGGCGGACGAUCGACGAAACCGCAAAUUUGAGGUGAAACUCCUAUGAAAAUCGUGUGAAUGGUUAUAACAAUUGUAUGUAACAUAGCAGACGGAUGUUUCGUAUGCAAGCUAAAAAUUACUUUAAUAUAUAUUAUCUAUUAAUUCGCGUCUCUGUAAACUCUUUUUGAGAGUUUAUUGUCUAUAACAUGAUGAUUGAAUCCUUCUCAUUGUCUCUUGUUUAUCGCAGAUAAACUUUUCCAAAAGCGUAGUCACAGGGGCACGCAUUAGUUCGGUAAAUAAAAAAUCGUAAGUAGCUUGUUUUUCUUUUUUUCGUUUUUUUUUCUUCUUUCUUUAUUGUACGAUUGUACAGUAAUUUUUAUAACAGAUAAAUCAUUACUUAACAAAGCUUAAGUGUCGGACACAUUUUUAUGAAUUAGGAUUUAAGUGAAGGUGCAGUAUGUAAGUAUAUAUAUAUUUUUUUUUCUCGUAUGUAAUCAGAUAAUGAAGAAAAAGUAAAACGUCUUCGAAUCCAGUCUCGAUAGGCGCUUUAGCGAACUUAUCUCUUGGCGACCUGCGAUAAACAAGCUCUUUUCAUAUCAUGCUUUUCAUAUCAUCGCUCGCGCGUCUUCUUUAAGCGCUCCAUCGUGUUACCGUGAAAAUGAAGAUUAUGUAUGAUAGUCGUGUACGAUAUUUAUGUGACAAGAGACGAUGCGAUUUAAAGGUACGACAAAUUCGUUGAAAGAGUCCUCUUAAGAUGGGGACGCAUCAAGAAGUGCUCGGACUUUAUUCCUGGCCUGCGAGUGUAUCUUGAAAAUAUUUUAUAAUUGUAUAAAGGAAAUGGGUGAGAAAGCAAGUGAAAAGAGGCGAUACGAAGUAGCCAAAACAGAGAUUUCAUCGUAAGUUUCGGAUUUGAAUCUUUUUUCCUGAAAAAUAAGAGAGUCGAUCGAUCGAUAGAUCGAGUGCCCUAAGUUUAUGGAAAAUUACCAUUUAAAGGAGGAAGGGAGAAGAGAAAGAGUUGACACUAAGUAUCGUAUCGUCCGUAUGAUUUGCAUAAUUAUAAAUAUGUCUCUGUGUGUGUGUGUGUGUGUGUGUGUGUACAUAUGUAUAUAUAUAUAUAUAUAUAUACAUAUAUACGUAUGUGCGUGUGCGUGUUUGUGUAAAUAGAUAUAUAGUUGACGGCAGUACUGAUCGGAAGUUUAACGGUAUUUUUAUCUCUAAAGUAAACGUCAUUGUCGGCGUAUUUUUCGCGAAGGAAAACAAAAAAAGGAUUAAAAGACGAGUCACUUUUGUAUACUAUGUAAAACGCGAAGGUAAAAAUUGAAUUUUUGACAUGUGGGGAAAAUUGCAAAUAGAUUUUAAUGGAUGCCUCGCCAUGAUUAUUGCAAACCCCUACGUACGUAGUCCAGCACGUUGGUCGUCGAGGAUGAAUGGAUGAAUAUUGAAACAAUGAUAUACAUUUACGGAAUAUAUCUGUGGCAAGUACUACAUAUUAAACACGUGUAAGGUUACGAGUUAAUAAAGCCAUUUUAGGGUACGACGUA